AUGGAAGGAAAGGCACGAAACAGCUUAACUUGCUUGCAGGCAAGAAUAAAGAGCUGGUGGAAGGUGCAGAUGAAGAAGCUGCUAGUCUUUUUAACCACAGACGCUCUUGAGUCAAUAUCAGCUGUGGUCCUAUCAGCUCAACCAGUUGCCGGUCUUGUUUGCGUAGUAAAUGGUUUUGGCGGAAGAAGGUCUUUGAGAAGGAGCUACAUGUGUUCUUGUUCGAGAAUCCGCAUCCCGUCGAAUCAGCUUUACUUCCUUCUAGAACUGGCUGAUGAACGAGUUGCAUUACCAAUUUACUUCUAUAGAAAGCAAAGCAAUGAACGGAAGGAAUUAGGCUGGGGAUACCCCAAAAGAAAGCAGGUAAAGGCUGCUAAGCCAGUUAGCUAUUCAUUUCGGUGUCAAACAAAAGAAAUAGGCAUGGCAUCCUCUAGCUCAGCCAGUAAAGGAAGCAAUUCAGUGGAAGAAAGGAACUACCCCACCAUAUGGAGACUUAGGAGUAGAUGGUUUGUCAGAAUCGGCACUGGUAGCUUUCUUAGGCAACAUAAUCGGGUUAAUAUUCGGCAACACUCCACCGCUAGCAAUCGUUACACCCUGAAGCAGUUUACCCAAUUUAUCAUCAUUCCGCACAGCGAGAAAUACGUGCCUAGGGUUAAUCCUGUUCUUCUUGUUGUCACAAGAACUAUUGGAUAUUUACCUCGGCGGCGAGGUAUUCGAGUACGGCGGCGAGAUAGAUUGGAGCGCCGGUGCCUAAACAGCGGGAGUAACGGCCUUUCUUCAAGUACCUGGCGACGCGGCCGACGGGGAAGUCUUAGUUUCAACGUGGAGGAAUGGAAUAAUGACUUACUAGCUAGUGUAGGACCUUGUAACGUCCCAGAACCCAGUACAUGGAAAAUUGUGGAGCAUAGCAAAUGGGCCAGUUGGAACCAGCUUGGAUCCAUGUCUUCUGCUGAAGCCAUGCGCCUUUUUCUGAAAAUAUUGGAGGAAGAAGAUCCUGGUUGGGAUUCAAGAGCAUCUAACUCUGUUGUAGAACCUGUCAUAGACGUGCAAAUGAAUGUGAGUGUUAUUAAGGCUAUAAGCUCUAUAAAAUAUGGAAUCCUGUUCGUGCUAUGGUGUUUUUCUCAAAUGCAUAAUUCCAAAGUUGAACCAGUAAUUGAGAAUGGAAACUCUUAUCCAGAGACAAAGACUAUUUCCAAUCAAAAUGGAAGUGAAGUUGGAACACAGGAUAAAGAUAUUGUUGUGGAAGGCUUUGGUUCAGUUGGAGUUUACGAUCAAUGGACUGCACCUCCAGUAUCUGGACAACGUCCCAAAGCCCGAUAUGAGCAUGGAGCUGCAAUUGUACAAGACAAAUUGUACAUAUAUGGUGGAAAACAUAAUGGUCGUUACCUUAAUGAUCUUCAUGUUUUGGAUUUGAGAAGUUGGACUUGGUCAAAGAUUGAGGCUAUGGCUGGAGAUGAGUCCCCAACAACUUCAAUUCCUUGUGCUGGCCAUUCUUUGAUUCCAUGGGGAAAUAAGCUUCUGUCUGUUGCAGGGCAUGCAAAAGAUCCUUGUGAAAGUAUCCAAGAGCAUGAAAAAGUGAAAGUGCUUGAUCUUCAAACUGCUACAUGGUCAACUCUAAAGACUUUUGGGAAAGCUCCGGUAUCACGUGGAGGUCAAUCAGUGACCCUUGUAGGGGGAACCUUGGUAGUUUUUGGUGGGCAAGAUGCAAAGAGGACUCUUUUGAAUGAUCUGCAUAUUCUUGACUUGGAAACCAUGACAUGGGAUGAAAUUGAUGCUGUUGGGGUGCCGCCUUCUCCAAGGUCCGAUCAUACUGCUGCUGUUCAUGUGGACCGAUACUUACUUAUCUUCGGUGGGGGUUCACAUGCAACAUGCUACAAUGAUUUACAUGUUCUUGAUUUUCAAACUAUGGAAUGGUCUCACCCGACACAGCUGGGUGAAAUACCAACACCACGUGCUGGACAUGCUGGUGUGACAGUGGGGGAGAACUGGUUCAUUGUUGGUGGUGGUGACAACAAGAGUGGGGUCUCUGAAACAGUUGUACUGAAUAUGUCAACACUGGCUUGGUCAGUGGGUUUGAGUUUGGUUGUAAGCUCCUAUAAUGGCGAAGAUGUACUUAUUUCUUUUGGAGGGUACGAUGGACGUUACAACAACGAAGUCUAUGUUCUUAAACCAAGCCACAAAUCCACCCUGCAAUCCAAAAUAAUUGAAAAUAUAGUACCUGACAGUGUUUCAGCUAUCCCAAAUGCCACAAACGCUACCCGAGAUGUGGAGUCUGAAUUUGAAGCAGGUCAAGGGAAAAAUUGGGAAGUUCUCUUGGACAAUGCUGAUGCAGCAGUAUGCCUCCUCCAUGCUGUGAAAUCCAAAGGUGAUAUUAUAUCAGUCCUGAAGGCUGAGAAAGAAGAGUUGGAAUCAUCACUCAGCAAGGAGAAGCAGCAUGCUCUUCAACUGAAGCAAGAGCUGGCAGAAGCUGAGUCUCGAAAUUCCGACCUUUACAAGGUAAACCACCUUUAA